AUGUCGGGCCACGAUGGCCGGCGGUGGGGCCUCAGGGUCAGCCCGCAGGUGGCCCAGAGUAGAGGGAUCGGGGACAGCAGCGCGGGGCCCCACCCUAAAGUGGCGUUUCGUGGAGGUGCGAAUCGCUGCUGGAACCUCAGUACCGACACCAGCAGUAGAUUAACAGAUGUGUUCAACAGUGUGAUGCUGACUGGCUCCACUUCCUUCUAUGAUUGCUACAAAUCGCAGAGUGAAGACAAUGUAGACCUAAGGCAGACCUACACUCCACUUUCUUCCUCAACAGAAUAUUCAAAUUCUGUAGAUUCUUCACUUUUCUAUGCACCGUGGUCUACUUAUGGAGAUGAUAUUAAACAACCUUCUAAUUCUCAGAUCAAUGUCAAGAACAGGAUUCAAACUGAAAGAAAUGACUAUGGCAGUGAAACAGACUUAUAUGGACUUGUGUCUAACAUUUUGGAAGAACAAGAUAAGUCGUCACAGCCAUAUUUUGCUGAGGGGGCCUGCUCCUCCAACUUAAAGUCAGUUUGGCCAGUGAACACAAGCAGAUUUGCAGAUCACCAUGACCUCUUAACAGAAACCAAAAGGCCAAUAGAUACAGCCAUCUCUCAGCAAGCCUUUUAUAGUGGUGAAUCUGUGUCAGCAGUGGAAAAGCAAUACCUGCAUAAUAGUAACCUCACACCACAACAAAAAAUAGAUGAACUUUAUCAUGGAUUUACUGGUUUAGACCUCGAAGAACAAUGGAUGUACCCCUCACGAAGUGAUCAUUCUAACUGUUACAAUAUUCAGACAAGCGAUACAGCUAAAACAACAUUCCAAGAAUAUCCAUUUAUCAAAAACUGCUUUACACCACAAACUGGUCUGUCUGACAUCAUGAAAGAAUCAGGAGUUGAUACUUACCCUUAUGGGAGAGAAAAAAUAUGUGCUAAAGGUCUUGAAGCACCAUUACAGCAAAAAAGGGCAGAGAUGUUUCUUUCCCAAUUCAAUAGAUACAAUGAAAAUGCAGAUUACUGUAGAUAUCCAGAAUAUGCUCACCCUAAUAAAGCUAAGCUUAAUAAAUGUUCAAAUUUUAGUGUCCAAGACAGCAAAAAAUUAGCCAAUGGCACACCAGAAACACCAACUGUAGAAGCAGACACCUACACAAAGUUAUUUCAAGUUAAACCAGCAAAUCAGAAAAAGAUGGAGGAGACAAUACCUGACCAGCAGAAUUUCACAUUUCCCAAAACUACACCACAUCUGACAGAAAAGCAGUUUGCAAAGGAAGCGGCAUUCACUGCUGAUUUUGGCUUAAAAUCAGAAUAUGGACUGAAACCUCAUACAACUUGCCCAGCUAAUAGUGAUUUUGCUAAUGUCACAGAAAAGCAGCAGUUUGCUAAACCUGAUCCUCCAAAUUCUGAGUAUUUUAAAUCAGUGAAUUUAUUAUCAAACGCAGCAACAUCUUCAGGAGGUAUCAGCUUAAAUAGACCAACUUGGAUGAAUGUUCAAACAAAAAAUAACACUCCUAUUCCUUAUCGAAAUCAAGGUAACUUGAUGAAAUUAAAUAAUCAUUUAAGUGCUGCUUCAAAAGGUUCUAACCAUUCAGAUUUCCCCCAACUAUCAUCCACAAAUUUAACCCCAAAUAACAAUCUAUUUCAAAAGUAUUGCCAAGAAAACCCUUCAACAUUUUCUAGUUUUGAUUUCAGUUACAGUGGUGCAGAAAGAAUUCAAUCUGUCAAUCACUUGGAAGGACUGACAAAAACUGGAGAAGAAAAUCUCUUUGAAUCGGUUACUGAUAAAAAAAUAAAGCAGUCAAAUGGAUUUUGUGAUAAUUAUUCAGCUCAGCAAUAUGGGAUCAUUGGAAACGUGAACAAACAUAAUUUUCAAGCGAAGCCCCAGAGUGGACAUUAUGAUCCUGAGGAAGGUCCAAAGCAUUUAGAUGGCUUAUCUCAAAAUACAUAUCAAGAUCUGUUGGAGUCACAGGGUCAUUUUAAUAGCCACAGACAGGGAAGUGGAGACAGCAAUAUUAAUAGCCGUGUGAAUCGCACACAGGCAUCAUGCUUUUCUAAUAAUUAUAUGAUGGGAGAUUUAAGGCAUAAUCAGAGUUUUCAACAACUUGGUUCAAAUGGGUUUCCCCUAAGAUCUACCCACCCAUUUGGCCAUUCUGUUAUUCCACUGUUAGAUUCCUAUGAUUUGUUUUCUUAUGAUGACUUAAGCCAUUUAUACCCUUAUUUUAAUGAUAUGAUGUAUGGUGAUAAUUCCUUUUCUGGUUUCGUGCCAACUUUUGGAUUUCAAAGACCAAUUAAAACCCGUAGUGGACCAGCCAGUGAACUUCAUAUUCGUCUAGAAGAGUGCUAUGAACAGUGGAGAGCAUUAGAAAAGGAGAGAAAAAAGACUGAACUGGCCCUUGCAAAGAAUUACCCAGGAAAAAAAGUAUCCAGUACUAAUAACACUCCAAUUCCAAGGCUGACCUCCAAUCCUUCUAGAGUUGAUCGCUUAAUUGUGGAUGAACUUCGAGAACAAGCCAGAGUUGUGACUUUACUAGGCAAAAUGGAACGUCUUCGAAGCUCUCCCCUUCAUGCCAAUAUCUCUACUGCUCUCGAUAGACACUUAGAGUCCAUUCACAUUGUACAGUCACGUAGAAAGGAUGAAAUUGUAAAUGCUUCAAAUCGGCAAAGGCAAGGAGUUCCUAGAUGCCAAGAUGACAGAGAUGUUUUUGCUCUUGCUUCAGCAAUUAAAGAGAUGUGUGUGGCUACUCGGAAAGCACGCACUACCCUAUGGUGUGCACUGCAGAUGACCUUGCCAAAAACAGCCAGUACAGCUGGCCAAGCAGAUACGGAAAAGGCUUUACAAGAUAUAGUAAACUGUGAAGAUAAAAUCCAUGAAAGCGUAAAUAGUAGCAAUCCAAUGAACCAGAGAGGUGAAGCAAACAAACAUUAAGGAAAUGCCAGCAAAAAGAAGAAUAAAAGCUGAUAAGUAAAUGUAUCAAGACAUGCUAAUUUUAAUGAACUUGUCAAACUUGAAAAUUUCAAUACCUUAAUUUUCUUUCAGAUUUAAAGUUAAUACCUUAAUGAAGUCUAACUUCUAUUUAAAAAUCUUCUAUUUGGAAUGAAUCAGAUAUAGUUUAAAGUGAACUCCAAGGUAAAAUUGGCUACCUAGAAGUUCUGAGUAGUCAAAGAUAACAAGUUUAAGUAAAUGAAAUAUUUCCUAACAGCUAAUAUAUUGCUUAAACCCAUUCUGCAGUGCAGGUAAAUGCAUAUGUGAAAUUCUUUUAGGACAGAAGUUUCAUUUAGGUCUGCCUUAGUAAGUGUAACUCCAAAUAAUGAAUCUAAGUGACUGUAACCCAAUUAUGGUUACAGUCUAGUAACCAAGACAAGUUUUGAUUGUGAUGUGUUUUCCUUAUGAAACUGGAUAAUACCUAGGAAACAAAGGAAGACAAGGAUAAACUCAAUAUUCAUGUAAAAAUUUAAUAUUUAAAAUACUACCAUAUUUAUAAAUUUGAAAUCUUAGUGCCUAAAUAUAUAUGGAGGGAAAUGCAUCUGAUUCUCCUAAAUUAGUGAUAAAAGUGCCGGUGUAAAAACCAUGCAAGUUACUGAAUAUAAAACCUGUUCAAAUCAUUUGUGUAUAUUCCUUAAAAUUUAUACUAUCAAUUAUUAAAUAUUUCCAGUUUUAAAAUAUUUAAAUUGAAUCAAAACAAAACAUUUCCUUUAUCUGGGUCUUUUAGACUCGAUGCACGGUAUUUAAAAUAAUGACUAUUUUAAUACCCUUAGUUUGCUGCCUUUUAUGAGGGUAUCAGGAAGUUCUAAAAUGUAUUUUUUUAAGGUUAAUCUUUAACAAGUUUAGUUUGCAAUUGGUUAGUGUAUAUUUUGUGUAGUCAUGUUCAUUAGUUUGCUUCUGUAUUUUUUUUUAAGAGCUCUUGAAAGCUUGGCCUUUUCUGUUUCUCAUCAUUUAAUAUCUUUGUAUGGAACUUGAAUAAUUUAUUCAUUAAUAUGAAAUGUUGGUAUUAUGUGACUCAGAAGAUCUUGGGUUUUAACAAUUCUAGCAUGAGUUGAACUAUAAUAUAAUGUACUGAUGAAAUUUAAUUGAACUAUCCUUGACUAGAAACACUGAUGUUUUAAAUGUUGGUGUUUUUCCUAGUUUUAGAAAUCCUGGUAUUAAAAAAAUAAAAAUAAAAAAAGAGUGUAAUCACACCACAUAAAUUUUCUUUAGAUGAUGUGCAGAAGAAACUGAUUGAGAAUGCAGGAGUAACUGUAGGGAAAAACAUUUUGAUCACUGAUAUGCCUUAGAACUACCCAAAUGAAUUACAUUGAGGGUAGCUAAAUAAAACAGAUCACCCCACCAGUCACUGCAUAGAAAGUGGUUAAGUUUGACAUAAGACAUGUUAGAUGUUAUAAAAACAAAUAUUGUACUCAAUUUAUUCUGUCAGGUAAAAAAUAAAUUACUUUGUUGAAAAUAUUUAGUAUCAUUUUUUAUGUUUGUAUUAGUUUCUUACCUUAAAAGAGAAACUCAUGUCAGAAAACCAAUCAAAUUUCAUUUAAUUGUUAAGAACUGAUGCUAAGUUUCAAAUUUCAUAAUGUUGGUAGAUUGAAACCAAUGCCAUUCAGCUGUCCUUGGAUCUAACCUAACAUCCUUCAUAGAUGAAAUUUUUGCUUUACCUUUAUCCAGGGAUACCAAAAUAAAAAUUCUGAGGAAGUCUUUACAUGAUAGUGGUCAGAAACGAAACACCAGUCCCUUAACAAAAACCAGACACAAAAAAUUCUUUAAAAUGUUAUUAAUCUAAAUAACAUGUUACCUAGUACAUAAUUCUUAAAUUAGCUCGUCGUCUUUAUUUUUGACAUAGCUUCUAUCACAUAUGAUUUACAGUGAAACUGAUGCUACCACCAUUUCUAAUCCAAAAGAAUUUGGCAUAUUCAUUUUUUUAAGAAAAUGGAAAACACAAUUUAUAUAAAGGUGAUUGAAAAUUACUGUCCC